AUGUGCCUUAUAGUAGCACUUGCUCAGGUCCUAGGCCUCAUUUUGGCAAGAAAUCGUCCUUUCAUAAUGGCCCUGACCGUCUCUAUCCUUUGUGCUGGCUACGUUGGAGUGUCCAUCUGGGUGGGAGUGGUAAUGUUUGCUCCCUCAGUACAUAUAGUGUAUCCCAGCCACUUCACCACCAUUCAAUCUGUUCUAGCAAUAGUCACCAUCAUCUUGGAGGCUUCCUUAGUCACACUUGCAUGGGUGGGUGUGGCUCAUCACCAACAAGAAGUGUCAGAUACUGAGUCCAUGAAAACAGCCAUUCAGUCAGAAAAAGCCAAGGGAGACGUCCAGGACUCUCAGUCGGUAACUCCUUCCAUCUCUCCAUUAGCAACCAUGGAACUUGCUGAAAGCAUCCGCAAAAACCGUAGAGCACUGGCUGCUCUCCACAACAAGGAGUCUCAGUGCACGUUGAUCGCCAUGCCUGACUCUGUAGACGAUGACUCGACCCUCAAUUUCAUAUACAAGGCAUCUCUCGCAGAUACUGCUUUGUACGAUAGUGGCUCGGCCAACUGGAUGAACACCAUGCCUAUUUCAUACCUGGCACCUUACCUCAACAAGCCUCGCUCGCUGAUAUCGUCCAAUACUGACUCUAGUGGAGGCAGUACAUGGCGACAUCGGAGCGAUAGUGACGAAAACACCUUGGCUCGGAGUCACAGCACUGGCCAGUUGCGUGUCAAGAAACAGCGUCUGAUGACUCGCCCCAGCAUCGAACGUUUGCAGAGUGUCGAUGAAGCUUCACAGGAAAGAAUUAGCUCUCCACUCAAACCUUCACACAUCGGGUCCAUCUCAUCAAGUUCACUUACAGGCUUCAAAAACAACAUCAACAAGGCCGCUACGGCCACUGCAUUGGCUCAAAGACUUCAUGCUGAAAAAGCUAACCCCAAGUCUGUGCCUGAAGUCGAGUCACCAUGCUCGCCCAUCUUUCCUGAGUUUGAGACUGGUGAGAGUGGAGACAGAGGAAAUAGUACCCCAUAUCGUCUUUCAGGAAUUAUGGAUGGUCUCGAAGAUAUUCCUCGUCCCGCACCACUAUGGAAUGAAUAUCAGCAUACAGAAAAUACUCCUCCCCAUUCCACAACGCACAGAGGCAUUCGCAACGUUUCUCUCGAAGAAUGGGAGGCCAACAAGUUGGCUUGGUUGUCUCAGAGCCAUUCUGGCAAACCUAUUUUGUAUGCCAUUGCCAGUUCUGGCGCACUGUCGAGGUCCAUGAGUGCUCCAUCUCUUCAUACCUACAGACAGAUCUCUCAGAAGAGCACCAGCACCUCUGAAGAUUUGCAAAUGCUGGACAUCACUUCUGCUCAUCCCAUCACGCCUGUCGUGACCCCAUCUCGCUUUGUGCAACAGGAAGAAGAGGGCACCUCUCCAAUUAAGAAGAUGAUCGGCAUCUUCAAGAGAAGAGACUCUACAACUGACUAUACUGUGCCAAAAUCUCCCAAUACGGCCCACAAUGGUAACCACAGACAUACUACGUCAGUGGCCAACUCUUUGGCAUCCUUCCUGGCCUCAGUGGCUUCUGGAAAGUCAACAAGGUCCAAUUCACCACGCAAGUCCAUCAAGUCGCUCUUCACCCGUUCUCCAAUCUACGAUCAUGCUCCUCCACAACGCUUAGUGUACCCUUCUGGUCCACAGCAAAUUCACAGAUUAGUUCAUCAUCAGUCGAUGUCACUGAAUUUCAAAUUGCUUCCUGGCUUUCUGGCAUCUCAAAACUGGGAUGCAGAAACAUUGGAACAUUCCGAAAGUUCCAGAGUCAGCAGCAUCCCUAGUGCUGUUAUUGGGGAAUAUGACAAAGAAAAAUGGAGAACGCUCAAGGAACUUAAACGUCAAGCAGAAGAUAAUAUGGAUGGCAGAAGCAUUUAA